UCAUGAUCUGGUGACAGAGAACUGGUGACCCACAUUGGUCAUUGGGGUGGCCUCUUUCUUUGCUUCUUCUUCCCAAUUGAUUGAAGCAAAUCCAUCUAUCGGAGUCUGCAUGAUUGCUUUAGCAUUUUUUAAAAAAAUUCUUCUGCAAUCUGCUUAAGAAUUCAAGUGAAUAUCUGAGGAGAUUUCUUUUUGUAGUUUUAAGUAUAUAAUCCUUUUAUCAAUCUCUACAAUACUUUGGUUAGAGAGUUUUUCUCUCUUUUUUUCUUUUGUUUUCUAGUAAAACCAAAAAAAUCCACAUGUUUGUGUUUGUUAAGGAAUUAGGAAAACACACAAACAUGAUAACACAAGCCAACAAAACAACAAUUAAAACACACCCAGAGAGAGAGGUACAGAGUGAAAACACCCUUUAAGGCUUUGCUUUAACUACUGAGCUACUACAGAAGUGGCCCUCCUUUUUUUUUUUUCAUUUCUAGUUUUGUACCUUCCUUUCUUUCUUGUUUCUUCUCCCUAACCAUUUUUUCUCUCGUCUCUCAAGCAUAAUAGGUUAUUAGGUGAUUGAUUCUGUUUUCUUCAUAGCAGGAUUUUCAAUAAACCACCAUCCAAUACAAUCUCACUCAAGCAACUCUCUCUUUCUUUCUUCUUCCUUUGUUGCCUUUGAAUUUUCUCUAAUCCUUGUGGCCAAACCAAACCAUAUUACAAAUUGAUGUCUAAUUUGUACAAUCAGAUUUCCUUACCUUCACCCCAAAGAGCCAAUUCACCAAACAUAAACAUGAGAGGCAAUUUUGAUGUUGAUAGUCAGUACUUAACAGAGCUGCUAGCAGAACGACAGAAGCUUGGACCUUUCAUGCAAGUUCUACCCUUAUGUACGAGACUCAUUAAUCAAGAGAUUUUAAGGGUUACCGGAAAGAAUGAAUCAUUGCAGAACCAAGGAUUUAGUGACUUUGAUAGAAUGCGAUUCAUAAAUCCGAGUCAUAUGACUUCUCCAAACUCAACACCAAACUUCACUGGCUGGAAAAGCCUGUCACAUGAAAGGUUAGCUGGUGUACAAGGACUAAGCAUGGAUUGGCAAACUUCACCGGUUGUUCCAAGUUCUCCCAUUGUGAAGAAGAUAUUGCGCUUGGAUAUUCCGAAGGAUAGCUAUCCAAAUUUUAAUUUUGUUGGCCGGCUUCUUGGCCCUAGGGGCAAUUCACUGAAGCGAGUGGAAGCUACUACAGGUUGCCGUGUAUUUAUCAGAGGGAAAGGUUCAAUUAAAGACUUAGACAAGGAAGAAUUGCUACGAGGAAGGCCUGGCUAUGAGCACCUGAAUGAUCCACUUCACAUUCUAAUUGAAGCUGAACUACCUGCCAGUGUUGUUGAUGUAAGAUUGAUGCAAGCUCAAGAAAUCAUACAAGAGCUACUUAAACCAGUGGAUGAGUCACAGGACUUUUAUAAAAGGCAACAACUAAGAGAACUUGCUAUGCUUAAUUCCAACUUCAGAGAAGAGAGCCCUCAACUGAGUGGUAGUGUCUCUCCAUUCACUUCUAAUGAAAUAAAACGGGCCAAAACUGAUCAAUAGUGAUUAUAUGUUGAGAAUUGUUGCAUUGCUUUAAUGCUUCCUGUAACUAAAUUUUGUAAAGCUGCUAUGGAAAGACCUUGCUGAUUUGAUGCUGCUGCUUUGGAGAACAAAAUAAAGGGGAGAAAAACAUAUUCAUUGUCACAAUGUCACUAGACAGAAAAACUAUUAAACUAUAUUUUGACCUAUUUAUUACUCUAUUUGUAAUGCGUAUCAAUAUGAUAUUGUUGAGAUUUUUAUUAUUUAUAAACUGUUUAUUUAUAGUAUUGGAAAGAUGUGUUUCCAUA